GCCAUUGCGGCCGGCUCCGACCCGCAGGAAUCGAAGGUCACCUCGGUCCACCACGUUUUCUCCAGGAGCCCUGUACCGUCCUUCUGCUGCCUAGCUACGCAUCGUAACGACGCCAUGGACAGUUUCGAUAAUUUCCACUCGUCGGAGAAGGCGGAAGCGUCGGAGCUGCAGCGGAUGAUCGCUGUGGAGCAGCAGAAAGCUCAGUUCCAGGCCCAGGUGCACAGUUUCACUGACAUCUGCUGGGAUAAGUGUGUGGAGAGUCCGGGCUCGAAGCUGGACCACAGGACGGAGACGUGCCUGGUGAGCUGCGUGGAGCGAUUCAUCGACACCACCCUGACCAUAACCAACCGCUUCACACAGAUGGUGCAGAAGGGCGCUCAUUAAUGAUGGACCCCAGACGCCAACAGGACUAUAUUAAGACUGAAAUAAAGUUUUCCCAACACAGUGAUGGAAGAUAAUGUGAAGAGGACAUGUUUUUUUUCUUUGAACUUACUGUUUAGAAUGAUGGGGCUUGCAGGGUCCACAAAGAGUCAUGUAAAGUGACCUUAGUGAACUGACACUGUGAUCCUUAGUCUACUUAAAAAACAGGGGAUGAGCAGCUUUCCCUAGGCAGAGUUCAUUCACCAGCAUGUGUUUGGAAUAUCUGGUUUCCGUGACUUCUUUUUAUUUGUCUGUUUUAGUGUCGCACCAGUGACAAAAUCAUGUAACUGAGCAAAAUGAGUGAAGAUGAUAAUUUAUUGAAGCAUGGCCACACGGAUAUCAAGGACAGCUUUGAUUAAUAACAGACUCAUAUCAUAUAUUUAUUUGAAACGACUGAAAGCUCCCAAUCAAGGUCAAUGUCAUAGUCAAAUUUAUUUGAAAAACAUUAUCCUCUGCGCAAGUAAAUGUAUCCUGACACAAUAAAAAUGAAAAUAAAUAUACCAUAAUAAAGUAGAAGAAAUAAUCCUCAUGA